CCUCCCUGAAGCGCCCCUCGGGCUCAUCAACAGAGCGGCGGCUGCGAUCAUGCCCACAGGAGCAUGGCGCGGACAGAAAGCAUAUCCCAGCCAAGCCCGUAGCAGUUUUGGCGCAAACCACUAAUAUUAGAUCCUCUAUCAGGGCUUUGCGCUGCAAUCAAGCACGCAACCUGCUCCGCAGGGCUAUCACCUGUCUGCUUGCCAAGCGCUUCCAGAAAGCGCUGUAUGCGCUAAUGUUGACCGCCUGCGCCGUAAGGCGGUUGAUCCGAUUGGCCCUGCUGCCAGCAUUUCUGGCUGCCCCUGGGGAGGCGAUCUCUGUCUCGCGAGUUCAGAAGACGGACGCGCUGAACUUCACUAAUCGGUCGCACGAUGAGAGCGACCGCAAGUACACCUACAAAACCUAUAGCGAGAUCAUGAGCCUCUUCGAGGACAUCGAGCGAAGGUGUCCCGACAUUGUCGAGCUCUUCGUCGCGCAGGAAGCUUUCCCAGAAAUCUUACCCUCGAAAGAGACGUGGGCAUACUGCGAGGGACAGCCGUGCAAGACGCUCAUAGUUCGCGUCGGGAACAAGCAGAAGAUGACUAACACCACCCCGGAGGUCUUCUUCAGUGGGGCGUUGCACGGGGACGAGCGGAUCGGACCGAUCACGGUCACCGAGUUGGCAGAUUUCUUGUGCACGCAGUACAUGGCAGGAAACGAGGAGGUCCAGCAUUUAGUGGACACGCGCAACACUUGGAUUAUGCCAAUGACCAACGCUGUCGGGUACGCUCAGAAGACACGCCGGGAGAACGGCAUGGACCCGAACCGCGAUUUCCCUUACAUGCAGGACCCCUCGCAGUGCAUGACAACGCAGACAGCUCGCGCCGUGAACGAGCUGUUCCGCAGACACCUCUUCCAGUUCAUGAUCACGUUCCAUGGCGGAAUGCGGGCGCUGACCUACGAGUGGGGUUCCCCGAAUCACCGCCAGGGAGGAUGGUCGACCGAGUCCCCCGACGACCUUGCUUUCAGCCAGGUGGGGCAGGAGAUUCAGGAGGCGGCCGGAAGAGACCAGCAGGGCGACCAUUUCUACCCCCUGGGCAGGAUCAACGACAUGGUCUACCCUGUCAACGGCGGCAUGGAGGACUGGUCCUACGCAGCAGGCUGGGAGACUGGCCCAAUCACCCCUUGCAGGCCAGAGACGUAUGGUGGUUACGACGAGUCGCGCACCAGGUACGCGCCUGGCAGCGUCGGGACGCUUGUCUACCUUGCCGAGAUGGACGACCAGAAGACCCCCUCGCAGGACUCGCUCGGGCGGGCCGCGCAGGUAUUCGGCGCAGACCCUGGGCACGGCCACGUGCCGCGGAACAUGCGCAUGUGCCUCAAGCUCAUCGAGCUGGCCAGGCCCGAGCUGGUCGUGCAGCGGCCCACGUGGGGCACCGCCGUCUCCCGGGGCUCGGAGCUGCGGGUGGGCCUGCGCGCCCUCGGGUGCCUCCGGCUGAGCACGGCCCGCCUGCUCCUCGUGCCGCGGGCCUCGGCGCAGGACUGCGGCGGCCUGCCCGGCCUGCAGGGCGGCGGGAGCGCCGAGGCGCGGGGCCGGAUGCUGGCCCAGGCCCUGGAAGUCGCGGCUCUGCGCCAGCCGGCCGCCUGCCAGGGCUUGUCGAUCUUCGGUGGCUCCACUCCUCUGAGGGCUUCGUGGCGGCGGCCAGGGCAACGGGUCCGCGGGCGCGCUGCGCCUGAGCGGCGCGGUCCCCGCCGGCGCGGCGGGCGAGUUCUGCGCGGUGGUCGCCGCCGAGUUCGACCAGGAGUGGGCGGCGCAGCAGCAGCCAGACCCGCACACGGGCCCCCGGGCGUUCGCCUCGAGGCUGCGCCUCGAUGGCCGCUACGAGGCCAGGGCCAGCGACGGCCGGCCCAUGCGUCUCGACGAGUACCGUGUCAAGCUCUUUCCAGUGCAGGCCGAGCCUCUGCGCGUGGGCGCCCGAGGCGCGCUUGCAGGGCACGCGCCUGGCGCCUUGCGGAAGGGGCGGCAGCACAUUCGAAGGAGAAAAAACGGCAUAGACAUAACCUGUUGGCGCUCCGCGCGGAUUUCUUGAACCCGCGCUGGGCUUCCCCAGCGGCGCCAUCUGGCGCUGCCCCUGGCGCACUCCGCGUGCCAGGGACGGGGUCCAGCGCAGAUCCAAGGAAUCCGCGCGGAGCGCCAGAAGUUUAUGGUUAUGUCGUUUCCUUACCUUUCUAGCACAUGCCAGCGCAUGUACGACCACUUUGCAAUCGAGCCCACGUGCCACUCGCCAGUGUAGCGAGCUCUCUUGUCGUUUGUGGUCGGUUUUGGUGGAUGAUACACAGACUGUGCACAAGUCGACGACCCGAAAUCCUUCACAUCAGUAAUUUUGGGUCUCGGAGCCCAAAGGGCGGUUUUUCAUGUUUUCCAUUCGACGUUCCAUGAAGCCCGAUGUCAUUCCGAGGCGCGCGUCGAACGUUUUCGAUGAACACGUUGUUCGAAGCU